AUGUCGCGCCAACUUAUUUCCAGCGAGAAGUUCCCUCCCAAGCCUCACAACUCCCCUGCCACCAAGAUCCCGGGUCUUGUCUUCUGUGCAGGCCAAACAGCCACCGGAGAGAUCAAGCAAGCUACGAGGACUGUUCUCCAGAACCUGAAGGAGGUCCUCGAGUUGUCCGGCUCCUCUCUGGAGCAGGUAGUCAAGUACAAUGUCUACCUUGCCGACAUGAAGGACUUUGCCGCCAUGAACGAGGUCUACAUUGAUUUCUUGCCCAAGCCCAUGCCUUCUCGCUCUUGCCUUCAGGCUGUUCCCCCUGGUGAGGGAACCGUCAUUGAGAUUGAGUGCAUUGCUCAGGUUUAA